AUGGAUAACAUUUAGCAAAUAUUUGAUACUCUGUAGGAGGAUUAAGAAAUCACCAUUAAGGAUAAUAAAUGUAGCAAUUGUGAUAAACCUAGCAAAACCAAAAUUUCUAUCAAAAAUAUACCUAAUUUUUAACAUAUUUUUAUAAUCUCAUUCAAUUGUCAAUCAUGUGGAUAUAAAAAUGAUGAGGUAAGAUUCAGAAAAGAAAAGCAAGAAAAGGGUAUUAAAUUGCAAUUAAAAAUCAAUCAGCCUCAAAUACUUUAAUAUAGAAUAAUCCGUUCUCAACAAUGCAAGGUCUCCAUUCCUGAAUUAGAGUUUCAAAUGUCAACCAAUAAGAAGAGCUGCAUUAAUACUUUAGAGGGAUUCAUUGAAAAUAUCAUCGAUGAAUUAUCAAGAGAUUAAAUAGAGAGAAAGAACUGCUAAGGAGAGUUAUAUUCAGGCAUUCAAUAUAUCAUUGAGAACCUACAACAAUACCAAUAGAAUAAGAGACUCCCAUUUCAUUGGAAUAUGGACGAUCCAUCUGGCAACAGCUUCAUAAUUAGUCCUAGUCAAUUCCCUCAAGAUGAUCACCUAAAUAUUCAAUAUUACACCAGAGAAGAAGAUGAAUUCGAGACUAUUUUUAAAAAGAAAGAAAAUCCCUAACAAAAAGAUCAAAUCUAAGAGGAAUCAAAGCCCAAAUAGUAAUUUUACUUAAAGAUUAGAGGACUACCAUUUCAAUGCACUAAAUCAGAUUUAAUAAACUUCUUGGAAAUGCCUCGUCUUAAAAAAGAUAUGCUGACAAUGAAAUUUUAAUAAAAUGGUUUGUUCACUGGUGAAGCAUAUGUUCAAGUCAACUCAAUCGAGGAUUUGGAAUAUUUAAGAACCUUUCAUAAAUCCCAAAUGGAUCAUCGCUAUCUAGAAAUAUUUAACAGUUGCUUUGAUGAGUAUAAUAAAGCACAAAAAUCAAAUCAGUUCUUAAAGAAGAUCAAUCCUAAAAUAACAUCUGAGGUAGGUAAUAUAAAUGAAGAAAAUGAGUAUCAGUGUUAACAACAAGGAGUGCUAAAGUUAAGAGGACUACCCUGGUCAAGUACUGAAUAGGAUGUACGAACUUUCUUUAAGAAUAAUUCAAAAAUCAAAACAAUUAAAUUUCUUUAUGAUGAUACUGGGAAAGCCAAAGGGUAGUGUUUUGUAUUAGUGAAGAACUUAGAGACAGCUGAAAAGUUGAAAUAAAAAUACCAUAAGAAAUCCUUAGGGUCUCGCUAUAUUGAAGUUUUUAUAUGCAAUCAAAGAGAAUAUCUUGCUUGCUUUCAAAAGACCUAUACUGAGAGAAAGAGGAGCGUUAGUCCUUGA